UUGUCGGGCCUUCCGCAGCUAUUUCCCUCCCCGCAAAGUGUACGGAGCUAUAGAGAUGGGGAUGCCUAUGGCCGUUGUCUUGGCCGCGCCCCCUCCGGUUACCAUGGCUACGCGAGAGGCGUCCGUUCCCGGCGGCAGGGAGGGAAGCGCGGAGGGGCCAUGGUGCGCAUCACAGAACAACUUAUCAGACAGCGGGCGGAGCAUAACAACUGCGAAAUCUUUUCCUUGGAAGAAAUUUCCCAACACCAACAGGAUCUGGAGAAACUAGAACAUCUCGACAAAUGGUGCCGGGACUUAAAAAUUCUCUAUCUGCAGAACAACUUGAUUCCUAAAAUUGAAAAUGUUGGCAAACUGAAGAAGCUGGAGUAUUUAAAUUUGGCUUUGAACAACAUUGAAAGAAUCGAAAAUUUGGAAGGCUGCGAAGACCUACAGAAGCUUGAUCUGACAGCUAAUUUCAUAGGCGAAUUGUCCAGCAUUGAGUCCCUGAAGAAGAACAUACACCUCAAAGAGCUAUUCCUCGUAGGGAACCCGUGUACUGAUUUUGAAAGUUAUAGACCAUUUGUGGUUGCGACGCUUCAUCAACUACAAUUUUUGGACGCUAACGAAAUCAGGCGCUCUGAGAGGAUACAGGCUCUGCAGAAUUAUCCCGAGGUCAAAAAACGAAUCAGAGAGCAGGAACAGGCCUACCUUCUUAAGAGGUCCCUGGAAAAGGAGGAGGCAGAAAGAAAGGUCCAGGACAAACGGGAGAAGAAAAAGACAGAACGAAAGGAAUGGACUCCGUGCGUCUACUCCUUAGAAGAGAGAGAAAAGCAUCUAAAGGCUGAAGGAGGAAACCAGUACCAUGAUGUGAUCGAGGAAGAGGAUGACGAAGAAUCAAAAGCUUUUUGGGAGGAGCCCGUGCCCCACACUCCAGAGGCUAGGCUAGAGGCUCACCGAUUCCUUGAAAAAAAGAAGGCAAAAGAAAACAGAGAACAAAACAAGAAAGAGAAGCCGCCGAGGACUUUGAUCACGCCCGAAGGAAGAGUUCUGAAUGCGAAUGCUCCCCAGCUUCCUUUCUCCUUGAAAGAUGACGAAGAAAACAGCCAGUUCGUUUUGGAUCUUGCCGUUUACAGUUCGCUGCCUGACGUGCCCAUCAGAAGGCACUGCCUCCGUUGGCUGGCUGCGUUGCUGAGUCCCACCCACAGCAGCGACGGCGAGUCUCUCAGCCUCAGUCUGCUGUCACCAGACCGGCAGGCGGAGGAUCACCACACCGACUGCCUCGAACCUUUUCAGCUCGUCCUCCCUGCAGAAGUGAAACCAGACAGCAGCACUGCCAGAAGGUCUCAGACAACUGGACAUUUGGUUAUCAGCAUGCCAAAGGUAGGAGAG